GCUGGGUCUCCCGCUGCAGGUUUCCUCCAGACAGUCCCGGCUUCUGCGGCUCCGGCUUCAAGACCCCAGCCUGAGAGCGGCGACUUGGUCUCCGGCGGCAUGGCUGAGAAGCGGAACACAGGGGACGCUCAAGCCCGGCGGCUCCCCGACUCCUUCAAGGAUAGCCCGAGUACAGGCCUUGGGCCUUGUGGAUGGAUUUUGGUGGCCGCCUCAUUCCUGUUCACAAUUAUAACUUUCCCAAUAUCAGUAUGGAUGUGCAUAAAGAUCAUAAAAGAAUAUGAAAGAGCCAUCAUCUUUAGAUUGGGUCGCAUUUUACAAGGAGGAGCCAAAGGACCUGGUUUAUUUUUUAUUCUUCCGUGCACUGACAGCUUCAUCAAGGUGGACAUGAGGACUAUCUCAUUUGACAUUCCUCCUCAGGAAAUCCUCACUAAGGAUUCGGUGACUAUUAGUGUGGAUGGCGUGGUCUACUACCGUGUUCAGAAUGCCACACUGGCUGUGGCAAACAUCACCAAUGCUGACUCAGCAACUCGGCUUUUGGCACAAACUACCCUGAGGAACGUCCUAGGCACCAAGAACCUUUCCCAGAUUCUCUCUGACAGAGAAGAAAUUGCACACAACAUGCAGGCGACUCUGGAUGAUGCCACUGACGACUGGGGAAUCAAGGUAGAGCGUGUGGAAAUUAAGGAUGUGAAACUACCUGUGCAGCUGCAGAGAGCGAUGGCUGCGGAAGCGGAAGCAUCCCGGGAGGCCCGCGCCAAGGUCAUUGCAGCUGAGGGAGAGAUGAAUGCUUCCAGAGCUCUGAAAGAAGCCUCCAUAGUCAUCACGGAGUCUCCUGCAGCCCUUCAGCUGCGGUAUCUUCAGACGCUGACCACUAUUGCUGCGGAGAAAAAUUCAACGAUUGUCUUCCCUCUGCCCAUAGAUAUGUUGCAAGGCCUCAUGGGGGCAAAACAAUGAGUCACAUUGGCCUCUGCAGAGAUGAGUGCUUCCCUCCCAGGCAUGAGGAGGGGGACCAAAUUAGCCUUCAACCAUAUGGAGAGAAUAGGGCAGAAACCCGUAAUUAUUCUCCCUCCCUUUCCUUUUCCAUAUGUUGAGUGUGAUGUUCUUAGAAUGUAUAGUCAUCCUCACAACAGAUGAAAGAUGAUUAGCUUUUGUAAAUACUGAGAGGAAGAUAUAGGUGGUUUAUAUAAAAGAAUCUCUUACUCGUUAAAAGAUUUAUAAGUGCAUAUUUUUAGCUCAUUGUGCAAUAAGGUUCACUCCUUCAUCUUUUGAUUUUCAUCAAGUUGUCCUGCACCAUUUAUCAGCAGCCAAGCCAAAGGCAAGAAAAUAGACUCAAACCUUCUCACCUAGCCCCUUUGCCCCGGCUUGACAAAUGCUUUGAAGAAAGCACUGACCUUAAGAAACAACCAGUUUGUUUGGGCUACAUGUGCCUUACUUUCAGGGAGUCUUAAUUAAGGGGAUUAGAUUUCUAACAUCCUAUUUACUUGCUAAGUUCAAACCAUGUUUCAAAAUAACCCUUAUUUAAGAGCAGGCCAAGUGCCUGUCAGCUAUAGAGGAAAUGGGCUGGAUCAAUGAGAAAAAAUAGUCCUAACCCCUGAAAGUCUUUAAAAUACAUUAGUAUAAAGGUCCUUUUAAAAACUAUGUCUUUUUUAAACCAUCUUUGAUCCUCUUUAUGAGUAGGUAAUUCCUAGGUGGUCUGUCAAACCAGCUAAAAUACUUGUCACAAAAGUGCUAUUUUUUCACUUUUGCCUAUUUUCGAAUAUCAGGUUCUAAAUAAUUUUGGUUUUUUAAAAUUGCUAAAUUCUAUACAUCUUUGUAGAACAUGUGAAUAGUUUAAGACUAAUAACUUUUUAAGUUUUUAAAAUUACUUAUUGGAAAUAGACAUAGAGAAAUUGAGAGGGGAAUGGGAGCUAGAGAGGAAGAGAGACACAGAAACAUUUGCAGCCCUAUUUCACCACUCUUGAAGCUUUCCCCCUGCAGGUGGACCAGGAGCUUGGUCCUAGGUCCUUAUACAAUGUAAUGUGUGCACUUAACCAGGGGCACCACCGCCUGGCCCCAAGAACUAAUAACUUUUAAAAGCAUAUAUUCAGAAAACCAUUUUAUUUUAUGGUCUGUAUAUUAUUAACUAUUGUAUACUAUGAAAUAUAUUGUUACCAAUCCCAUUCAUUAAGUUGUGCAAGGAAUUCACAAAAUAUUGGUCACAUACUAUCUGCGAAGACACUUUCAAACAGGAUAUCUACAUUGUUAUAGGUAGUUUAUUUUCUCCUUGUGUUUUGUAUUAUUAUUAUUAUUAUUUUAUUUUCUGAAACAGGAAGUAGUCAGCUCAUCUAUGUAAAUCACCAUUGCUUAGUCUGUAACAUUAGGGAGCACUUUCUGAUUUAUAAUGUCUAUGGUUUUAAGCAACCUGGCAUGCUUUCUCUUGUUCUGGGAAAGUGAUGGUGACAUUGUUUUCAUAUCAUCUUUGAGUUUCUGAAAGCUGAUGUAGGGAAUUCCAAUAACAGCGACUUUCUUACUCAGAACCACCCUACAUACAUAUUCCUUAGCUGGAUCCUUGUCAGUCCCAGCAUUGAAUACUCCCUCAUUUCCAAGUUUCUUUCAGAAAGCCUAGAAUCCAGGUUCCUAGAUGAGCUUCUUCUUCUCCUUCUCCUUCUCCUUCCCCUUCUUCUUUUUAAUGUUUUUAUGAAACAUUUUGACUUAGAACUCAAGUUGAAGUUACAUUUUGAAUUAAUGAUUUUAUCUUCUUUUUGGGGUGACUUAUCUUUAACUGUGGGCCAGGAAAUCACCACAACCCCUGGAUGAAAAAUUCUCCUCAGACCUAUAGAGCUAUGUUUUAGUUCCUCCUUUCCCUAUCUCUAGAUAGUGGGCAAUCUUUACUCUUCUGUCUUGUGAGUGCAUAGUGCAGUAGUUUGGAAGUAAUUCACUUGGGAGGGUGAAAGCAGAACAGAAACUCUAGGAUAAUAGUGUUGAUGCAAAGUUGUUUCUGGAUACCCUCCUUUUCCAAUGUCAAACAUAAUAAAGUGUGUACUUUGA